GCAUUUGUGAAGCGUUUGCUUCAUGUAGCAGCUUCACCUCUUUCCUUGGGUCAAAGGGGAAGGUAAACAUACAGAUUUAGCCACAUUUCAUGACUCAGAAAAGGACGCGCUGCAGUUUACGGUCAUAUUCUUUCUUUUAUCCGUGGCAGAUAUUUCGUUGCGUAGACUAGCAGUUAGUGAAAGCUGUGUAUUACUCAUAUUAAGCAGCAGAGGAGCUGAGUUAACAGCCACAUCGCCUGGACUAUUGCGCAGCGGUACAGUACUGAUGUGUGUAACUAGCUGAUGUAAGAAGUCGUACAUGAAAAUACACUGCAUCUUAACAAAGGCUGUCAGAUCACAGGACAAGCAUAUCAGUUGCUGAUUGCAUAAAUAUCUGAAGCAGGUGGUCUAGUGUACCUGAACACACAAAGGAAAAAAUUCAAGGAGCUGUCAGAGCCGUCCUGACCCUGUGUUGCCAUGGCGAUGCGGGAGCUGGUAGAGGCGGAAUGUGGGGGAGCCAAUCCCCUCAUGAAAUUGACCAGUCAUAUGACCCAAGAAGGCGGGGCUUGGAGACAUAGGUCAACACCCACUAUCCCCCCUACGCCGAUUGAAAUAGCCACAGAGGAAGAGCUGGUCAAUGAGUUUCUACAGGCACCCCCACGCCCUCCCCACAGUUUUGACAUGGGUCAGCUUUUGGAAGAAAUGCAGCAAAUUGACCAACAGAGCUACAGACAGGCCCCACAAAGAGCUCCAGACGUAGCCGCAUUGGCACUAUCGGGUGACUGGGCAGCAGAGUUCCUGUCUGGCGCUGACUCUGCAGUCUCUCCAGCCCAGGCAGGCUUUGAUGCAGCAGACGCUGACUGGACCAGAGAAUUCAUUAACGAAGUGGCAGACCCUGGGCGAUGGGCUGAAGAGUACCUGGAACAGUCAGAGGAGAAGCUGUGGUUGGGAGAUCUAGGAGAGAAGGAACAAGAGAGAGAAUGGACAAAAGAGUACCAACCAGGGGAGGAGCUGAAGCAAACAGCUAAUGAACUUCUUGCAAAGGUUGAUGACCCAAAGCUGCAAAACACAGAGUUCCUGCAAUUUGUUAGGCAGAUUGGCGAGGGCAGUGUGACUGUGGAGGACAGAGCAGGAAAGCAGCUCGCUGAUAAAGCACAGGCCAGGGAGGCACAGAACUGGGUGUCCAGCUUCACGCAGGUAUCGGAAGAGUCUGCCGAGUCCUGGGUAGAUGAGUUCACUUCUGCCGGUCCUGAUUUUCAGCAGGCUAAAGCUGCUGUGGAGAGUGAUAUCGAUUUCUGGGAGAAGCUGCAGGAGGAGUGGGAAGAGAUGGCUAAGAGAGACGCUGAGGCUCAUCCCUGGCUGUCUGACUUUGACCAGCUGCUCAGCACGUCAUAUGACAAGGGUUAUCAGUUUGAGGAAGAGAAUCCGUACUUGUCCCAUGAGGACCCGCUGACAGAAGGAGUGAAGAGAAUGGAAGCUGGGGACAUCCCUGGAGCUGUGCGCCUGUUUGAGAGUGCGGUGCAGAGAGAACCAGACAACCAGCUGGCCUGGCAGUAUCUGGGAACAUGCCAAGCAGAGAACGAGCAAGAGUUUGCAGCCAUCAGUGCCCUCCGCAGGUGUAUAGAGCUGAAGAACGACAAUUUAACAGCUCUCAUGGCUCUAGCAGUAAGCUUCACCAACGAAUCACUUCACCGGCAAGCCUGCGAGACACUUCGUGAUUGGUUGAGACACAAUCCAAAGUACCGGCAUAUUCUUGAGCAGAGGGACAGGGAGAAGGAGAGGGAAAGUGUUCAAGAGAGAGAGAAGGAGAGGGAGAGAUUUGGAUCACUGCUGCCAGAGGCUCUGUUUAAUGAGGUGCAGUCUUUGUUUCUGAGUGCGGCGGCUGCAGAUCCGACACGGGUCGACCCUCAGCUGCAGUGUGGUCUUGGAGUUCUCUUCAACUUGAGUGGAGAGUAUGACAAGGCUGUGGACUGUUUUACUGCUGCCUUGUCCGUUACUCCACAGGAUUAUUUGUUGUGGAAUAAAUUAGGAGCUACUCUAGCUAACGGAAAUCGCUCUGAGGAGGCUGUUGCUGCUUACAGAAGGGCGCUUGAGCUGCAGCCUGGGUUUGUGCGUAGCCGUUACAAUCUGGGCAUUAGCUGUGUUAAUCUGGGAGCUCACAGGGAAGCGGUGGAGCAUUUCCUGGAGGCACUCUCUCUUCAGAGGCAGGCCGCUGGUGACGUGGACGGAGGUGCGAGUCGGGCACCGGGCUCUGCCACCACCGUAAUGUCGGACAAUAUCUGGUCCACUCUGCGUAUGGCACUGAGCAUGAUGGGCGAGAGUUCGUUGUAUACAGCCGCUGACCGGCGAGAUCUGGACACACUGCUGGCACACUUCUGCCAGAGGGACGGAGAGACGGAUUGAAGGAGGGUGAAGGGAAAGGAGUGGAGGGAGUUGGUAGCAUGCGAGUGUGGAGAGAUGUGUUUCGGAAGUACAGAAGAAUAGUUGAAAGAAGAAAGAGAGUCCUUGGAGAGAUGGACGACAAGAACAAAGAGGAAGGAAGGAAUCUAACGAGUGUGAAACACUCAACACAUGCACUUAAUGCUCUGAAUGGACAGAUAGGCUAGUGAUAAUUGAUGGCAAUUCUUGAGAAAUGGGUGUAACAUUGAAAAUGCUACAUCAUUACAUUUACGUUAUUCAGAGCUCUACAGAACUGAAUUCGAAGUUCUUGUGCACAGAGUCCGUGGUGUUUUUUCUCAUUUUGUUAAUCAUUGAUAUGGUAUGUUGUGACUACAUUCCAACUACUUGAGGACAGUUGUUUCACUAAAAAGAGGUUUGCCUCUAUUUCAAGUACUGAGCAUGUGUAUGACUUUGGGAAGAUCAGAGAAUAAAGAGACCGGUUUAUGUGUGAUAUUUUAUGAAGCACUACUAACCAUGAUUUGUAAGACACAGUGUAGAGACGGUAGUUAUUGUCAGCAAGAAAAUAAUGAUUAAAGGAAGAGAAACCAUGAGGAUGCAUGUUCGCCAUUUCUCCUUUGCUCCUUUAUCUAGUUUGAUAAAUAAUCCUGCUGUAAAUUAACUUGCUUAAUUGUAAAUGCUGCCAUCUUGUGUACCAUAAUUGUAUUAUUAUUAUUUGAAUAUAGCCAACCGACUGUACGAUUAUAUAUGUAACCCAAGCAAUAAAACUUUGAAUUAA